AUGAGUUUCUCUGACGACGAGGACUUUAACGACAUCUACGGUGACGAAUCCAAUGUCUCCAAUACCACUUCUACCACAGCGGCCACGACUGCUGCCGAACCUUCAAAAGCAGAAGUAGCAACCUCACACGGAUCUAGCGACAACGCUACUCCAUCUAACACUCACGAAACUACUCCUACUACGGGAAGCGUGCUGCCUGCAACUACAGGCGCAGCAGCAGGAUCUGCAACAGCGCCCACUACAUCUACUACUUCGUCUUUAGACCAACUAGCAGCCCUUCAGGCAUUGUCCUCGAACUUGAAUCAGCUUCAACAGGCCGCCAGCGGUAGUAACAGCGGCGGCGAUGUUUCUUCGCAGCAGCAAAACUCCACCCAGGCUCAGGAUGCGUCUGACAAGGCCUCUAGUGCAACCCCUAUGGCAAAUCUUGCAAAUACUGGUUUAAAUACUACCCAAGCAGCGAUGCCUGGAAUGCCGAGUAUGCCUGGAAUGCCAAAUAUGCCAGGUAUGCCAACAAUGCCCGGAAUGCCCAACAUGCAGCAAUGGCAGCAACUACAACAGCUGCAGCAGAAUAUGCCCCAGUUUAACCAAGCCGGCUCGCUUACCGGAGGUGUCAGCGCUGCUCAAGACAAAAUCAAUAAGGCUGAUCUUUCCCGCGACAUUUGUAAAAUGUUUAUUGGUGGACUAAACUGGGAAACCACCGAGGACAACUUAAAAGAUUAUUUUACCAAAUAUGGUGUAGUCACGGAUCUCAAAAUCAUGAGGGAUAACGCUACCGGAAGAUCCAGAGGUUUUGGCUUCCUUACUUUUGCCGAGGCCUCCAGUGUAGACGAAGUUGUAAAAACCCAGCACAUUCUUGAUGGUAAAGUAAUCGACCCUAAGAGGGCCAUCCCUCGCGAAGAACAAGAUAAGACCGGGAAAAUCUUUGUGGGUGGUAUCGGUCCAGAUGUCAGACCUAAGGAGUUUGAAGAUUUUUUUUCUCAAUGGGGUACGAUCAUUGAUGCUCAGUUAAUGUUAGACAAAGAUACCGGAAGAUCUAGAGGCUUCGGGUUCAUUACUUAUGAUACUCCUGACGCGGUCGAUCGUGUCUGCGAGAAUAAGUUCAUCGAAUUCAAGGGCAAGAGAAUCGAAAUUAAAAGGGCAGAACCAAGGCAUUUACAGAAACAGCAACAACAGCAGAAAACACAACCUUUUGGAGCUACUUCUCAAUUCAACAUGUUUCAGAAUCCUAUGAUGGGUAACUUCAACCCUAUGUUCAACCCACAAGCAAUGGCAGAAUAUUACACUAAGAUGCAAGAAUAUUAUUCUCAGAUGCAACAGCAAACAGGUGUCGAUUACACUCAAAUGUAUCAACAACAAAUGCAACAAAUGCAGCAGAUGAUGGGUGGGAUGAUGCCUGGUGUGGGCGGAAUGCCUGGAAUGCCAGGUAUGCCAUCUGCGCCUACAGAUUCUCCCGCUCAGGAAUCUUCUGAAGUCCCUACUAUUGGAUCGGAGGAAAAACCAGACGAUGGAAGAGACGGCGACAGAGAUACCGAUAGAAGAGGACCAUCUCCUCCAAUGAAUGCCCCAAGGGGCCCAAGGAUGGGGGGAUCACGCAGCGAUAAUCGUGACGGCAACCGUGACAACCGUGAUGGAAACCGCGACUUCAAUAAUGAUUAUCAUCGUGAUAGUGGCCGUGAAGGCGGCCGUGAUGGCAGCCGCGACGGAAAUCGCGGUAAUUUUCGUUCUGGCUUCCGCAACCGUAAUCGCAGCGGUUAUCGAGGAGGCCGUAGCGGCUACUCUAGGCGCAACAAUAAUGGCUACCAUCCUUACUCGACUUAG